GAUGUAGUCACUCAUAGUACCUAACAAAUCAAAACCAAUUUGCAAGAUUCCCAAGAGAUGGUAGCUAACAAAACUUUAUGCAAAGGGGAAAUUGUGCCCGAUGGGGGCAAGGAUUCACCCUUGCAUCCAACAGAAAACCUGUCUUUACUUUCAAAUUGUUACAGUAAGGCAGGCUAUUCAGUCUUGGUCAGUGAUGGAAGUCUCUGUGAAAUUACAUCUGAAAUGGGCCUUGUUGAGAUGGAAAAUGGAACUGCCUUUCAAAUUGCUGUACAAAAUAACAAUGAUUAUGCUGUGGAAGUGGACGUCACAUUCAGUGGCAGGUUUCUUGGGUUUUGGACUGUGGAUGCUCGGCAGUCAUAUCCUCUGAUCAUCGAGGGUUCUGCUUGGGAGAAUGGCAAGCUAACAUUUAUUAGUGAGCCAUCUGAAACUGAGCAUGGGGUGCUUUCAGAGCCAAAUGGAAAAUUAGAAUUGGAAUUUAAGCCUGAGGCAAUGGUGCUGUUUGUUAGGCAUUUAGGAACAGAGAAAAGACAUGAAGUACUGUUGACUGAUUUCAAGUUGGCAACUGUCAGUGACCUCAGAGAUGAGAUUAACCAAACACUGUGGGACCAACUUGGGUGUAUUACUUGUUUGAUUAAAGAUGGAGAAGUUCUUGAUGAACUGCAGUUCAUAAGAUCUUACUUUUUAAAGAAUGGUGACAUUAUCGAAGUCCUAACCAGUGAGGAGCCAAUACUGAUAAAGUCCUGUCACAUGGAUCCCUUUACUCUCUGGGUUGAUCCUCGCUAUGAUUCCAUCGAGUCAGUGAGAGAAACAGUUGCCACAAAGAUGAAUGUCGACAUUACUAGAGGAAACCUUUCCCUUCUACUUGAUGGGGAACAUAUUGAGGAAAGGAGAGGCCUCCUAACCAAAGUAUUCCUACAAUCCAGAAAGCCAGUUUUAAAGGCCAUAGUAGCUUGUAAUUUCAUAAACAUCACUGUGCACCUUCCCAGUAAGGAAGCAAAGAGAGUUAGAAUCUCCUGUUUUGCAACUGUAGAUGAACUCAAGAGAUGUCUCAAUAUACCAACCUCUGGUACCUUGCUCAAGGUUGGUGACAGAGAGAUUCAAGAAGGCAGUGGUCUGAAAGAGCUUUAUGACCUUGGAAUAAGAGAUGAAUCAGAGGUGAUGGUGACCUUUCCCACCGAAAGCAGAGCAAGUUCUUGCGGAGACCCAAGCCAUGAAUCAAUCCCAGAAGAACUGGCUGAAAAUGAAUCUCAUUCUCCAUCAUCACACAUCCUGGGUCGCUCAUCUGAAUUUAACCCUUUCCCAGAGGACAUGUAUGGAAUUUCAGGUCACUUCAACAACAUGGAGUGGAUAGGAGAGGAUGAGUCUUUUUGUGGCUGUUAUCAACUGGACAAUAGGAAAAGAAGAUUCACAAAGAAUAGAUUGAAGUCAGUCACUCUGGUUGUUCAACUGUGCUCUAGAAGAUCUGUGUCGCAAAUGCUGUCUUGCAGCAUAACUGAGAACCACACUGCAGCCAGAUUGAUAUCAGCCUCUUGUAUGUUUUAAUUGCUUGAGAAAAAAAAAAACAAAGACAGUUCAAGAUAUGGAAACAUCUGUGGUUUUUGAGUCACGCUGUGUACUGAAGAUGUCACGCAACCAACUUGUUCCCAUGCAUCCCCCUGUUGGGACAAUUUUUCGAUUGCGAAUGUACGGUUUUUUAGACAGUAAUUUGUAAGUUGUUUAUGAUUGCCUGAAAAAAGUUUUGUAAGUAAAUGAGUGGUGGAUGAUGGGUGAUGUAUUGUUUCAAAAAUUCAAUUAUUUAACAGUUGAUUUCUCUAAAAUGCAUAUUUAUCUGUAUCAUGCGUAUUAAACUUGAAUUUUACGUUAGCAGGAGGGGAUACAUAAAAUAAAAAGUAAUAAAAUAAUAUGUACUUAUUGACUGAGUGGGAUGGCCGGACGGGAAAAUAUUUGGCUCGAGGUCAUGACGUACGGACUGUAGUCUCCUUGCAAUUUUCAUUCAGAAUCAGAAAACCCUUUCGAACUGAUUUUGUGCUCUUAAAAAAUCAUCAUCUCAUAGGAACUUGACUUUGGAGGUAAUAAAUGAGUUUUUGAUCGAACGAUCGUUUAAGGAAGGAAAACAAAUAGCCGUCUUUGAUCGGCUCAGUUUGACUGACUGCUUAAAAGAUUUAUCUAUUUAUCUAUCUUUUUUUUUUUCGGCUUGUCGAUUAAAUUUGCUUCCUGUGUCGAGGAAACUAAACACUGCUUUGGACCUUUAAUGUUUACGUGCAUAUUUUUAGUUACUUGCCUUGCUCAUAGAUAGUAGAGGGGAAUAUGCCUUGCUCGUUAAAAAAGUGUCUGAUAAAACUAGGGGUUUGGCGUAUAUCCAGAUCGGUAUUUAAAACGUGAAUUGAAAAUUUCCACAUAAAUGUGUUACCCAUGAUUUGAUCAACCUCAGCAAGAAAUUUCCGUUAGCUUUUGCGAAAACAAAGGAUAGAAAUGCUUUUAAUUAAGUCGUCAAUAAGCAUUUAAACGAUGUGGUUUCUCGUGAGAAAUGUCACUUUCUUGUCAAGUGCCGAGACCAUGUCCUCAUCAACAAGAAAGAAAAAAAGAAAGAAACUGAAAGAAAAAAUUACCGUACAAAAUAU